UUUAUGAAUUUGUUAAAAAAAAAAAGAAUUAAAAAAAAAACCUUUGACAAAAAAAAGAAAGAAAAAAAAUUAAAAACUUUUGGAGUAAAGUAUAACUUCACAUAAACUUUGGGGGGCUUUUAUAGUUUCUCCUAAUUUGGUUCGUUGGGCAGUGUUUCCUUAUCCCCUAAACCGCCGUUUAAGUUCACUGUUGAAGCAUUCAACCGAAUGCUCAAGGUCCAACAAUGGCGAUGUCAUCCCUAGCUAUUCUUUCUCCCCUGAGCCUCAACAUCCACAACAACUACAGAAAAUACGAUAACAGCUUCUCCUCAUUUUCUCGGAAUUCUUUUGUCUUCAACACUUGUUCCAGACCCAGCAAUCAACGCUUCUCCACCAUCAUCGUAUUUUCCAAGUCUGGAAAUGAAUUGGCUAGUGAAGACAAGAAAGCUUUGCUGGAGAAAUAUGGUCUCAAUCCCAACGAAUACUUAACUGAAACAAAGGCUAGUAAGAAAAAGGAAUUCCUAAAGAAAGGAAGAGGGAAGGAGAUAAUGGCAGAGGAGGAAGCUAAGACCCCAAGGACCACUCAUAAGUUGCUUCAGGUGCUUGGAGGCACAGCUAAAAGAAAGAAGUUACUCUCCCCCAAAGGCAUGGACGUCAGACCAAUGAUGGAAGUAGUAAAAGGUGCAGCAUUUGAUAUAUUGCAGGCAGCUGGUGGUUGUCCUGCCUCAUUACGUCCUGGUCGUUGGUUAGACUUGUACAGUGGUACAGGAUCUGUUGGUAUUGAAGCCAUCAGCCGAGGAUGCUCUGAGGCACAUUUUGUUGAGAUGGAUCCUUGGGUUGUUUCAGAUGUUCUGCGACCAAAUCUGGAAUGGACUGGAUUUCUUGAUGUUUCGGUUAUACACACAGUCCGUGUUGAAAAAUUCUUACAACAGGUGGACAAUAGACCAUUUGAUUUCAUAAGUGUUACACCUCCAUAUACAGAAGUUGACUAUGGCAUACUAAUGGGUCAAAUUUCUAAGUCAGUUGUAGUUGGGGAAGACACCUUUAUUGUUGUGGAGUAUCCUUUGAGAACAAACGUCCUGGAUUCCUGUGGAUGUCUUGUAAAGAUAACUGAUCGACGGUUUGGUCGGACUCAAUUAGCAAUCUAUGGACCCAAGUGGGCAGAGAAGAGGAGAAAAUCGUAAAAUACUCUUCAAAUCUAAAGUUAAUGUAAGCCCACAAGUUGAAAUAGGAAACAAUAAUCUGUGUUUUAUUUUUGUGAUGGUUUCUAUUAUAUUUCUCCAAAUUUCUAUAUAGAUGUUCAUUCAAUCCUGUCAAGCUUCACAUCAUAUGACUCCAGCUCUGCUGAACUUUUAUCGUAAUUUGCUACAUUUGUAGUCACAGUUUGUGCAAAUACAGUUAAUUUGAUUUUUAUAUGUAACUUGUUUUGUCAUUUUUGUAUAGAAAGAUAAUUUUGCUUUAUGUUGCUGGUCAACAUUCCAUCUGUAUUCUUAUGUUUCCUUACUGCCUAAAGAUGAAUGAAUGAUCAAUUCCCAUUUCCUAACAAUGUGGGCUACUUAUGCUUCUAGUUACAAGUUCUUGAGUUUGACAAUAUUAAUCAUAUUACUUAAUGCUAGUGUGUCACUGACCUCCCUUGUAAUUGGAACUUCCAGACAGCACAACAUGCAUUUUUUGUAUUCUUGACACAAUACAUGUAGUUUGCAGAUGGAGCUUGGCUAAAGCAGAAAUUUUGAAGUUAGAAUCUGUUGCUUUCUCCAACAUAAAAUCAAGACUGGGGCCUGCAAAGCAUACCAUAUACCUUUCUCAUAUCAUAUUGGAAUUAUUAGAAGCUAGAGUAUGCAAAAGCAUGAAUCCCAUAAAGAGAAGGGAUUUUUUUAUUUAACAGGGCAAGGUGGGCCUGUUCAAUUGAUACUUUGAGUUUUAUAGGAGGAAGCUGGUCUCUUCCCUUUUUCUUUUUCCAGUUCUUUCUUUGUCUUUUGUGAAAGGAGUGGAUUAUGGGCUAAUGGGACCUGACCUGACAAAACUGUGUACAUUAACAAAUUUUCUUUUAUGCUUAAGGAAAGGAAUACUGGAUGGCAUUGGUCUAAUGUUUAGUAGUACUGAUUUAUUGAUAUUUACACCUGUAUAAUGCACAAAUAUCAUUGUUUUGCUAUACUUGAAUCAAUUUGAUGAAUUUGAAGUGAUAUGUUUAUAAUUGAAUCACAGUCACAUGUUCACAUGUUCUCUUGUUUCUUUUUCUGUUUAAUCCCUUUUGGAGAUUCAAAGAUAAAAUUGAUCUCAAUGCUUAGGAAGCAUAUAUUUAUGUUAAGUGUUCCAUGAUGUUUGCUUACAACUAGUGCCCUUUUGUGACAAUCUAGGAGACAGUAACACCUUAUGGUCCAGUUUUAAGAUUCUUGAAGAGACUGAAUGAAGCAAGAUAAACCUACCCUUGGUUUUAGUUGCUAGUUGCUGUUCAAGCCUUUACUUUUCCCACUUUCUUUCACUCUUGUUUAUUCAGUGGAACUGUUGAAACCUUGUUGACGGUUACAACAUUAUUUAAGGGUAAUGUUGCAUGGUGAUGGUUGUAGUUAAACUAUAUUAUUUUGGAUUACAUGCCUUUCUGUCUGCCAUACUUAAAUAAAAACUGGCAGAUGAA